UGGAAAUAUAAACAGCUAAAAAGAUGAGGAAAUGGUACCCUCCUCCUCUUUUGGCCAGUUUCACUGCUGCUCAGUAUGCAGGCUAAUCCCAUAGCCCAUGUACACUAUGGCAACAAUUGAUCCGGGCACAGACGCAGAGGACCUGUUGGUUUCCAUUCACCUUGAGAGGUAUCUGAACCACUUCAGACGGGCAGGAUUUCUGCUGGCCCGGGACUUCUGUCAUAUUGACAAUACUGUCCUUAACAGGCUUGGAGUGAGCGCUACUGGCCACAGGAAGCGAAUCCUCAAACUGGUCGAUCACAUUCAGCUGAUCUGCCAUUAUCAAAGGAAUGACACUGUGUUGGACCGCUGUAACUCGGAGUCUGCCAUUCAUUUGGUGAAUCCUGAUGGGUGUCCUCCUACUCAACAGAAUGCAGACACACCCUUUAAUUCCGUGUGCAACCAAUCUGCACUUGUAAAACGUUCACAAUCAGAGCGCACUACUACCAUUGUAAAGCCGAUCCCAAAACCUAGAACUGUCUUUAACAAGCAAAGGGUGAAGCUGCCGUCCCCACCAUCACAACAGGAAGCUAAGGUCAGCAGAAGGUCCUCUCAGGGUACUUCCUGUUCUGUAGUUUUGGAGGGUUCUCCUGCUGAGCAGCCAAGCUCAGGCUCACUGGACUCUCACAGAAACUUGAGUGAAAAGAGGUUAAACAAGACUAGGUCAGCCCCAGAGAUCAGUGGACUACUACCUCCAGUUCCCCCAAGGAUCAGCAGAGGGGUUCCCCCAUCUUCAUUUAGAGGGAUGUCAGGCCAGGACAAACAUUGCACCCCUUCGCUUCCCUCCACUCCUGAUGCUUCACCCAGUUUUCAAUGUUCACCCUUCACCAGCAGGUCUGGUUCUCCUCCCAGCCCUCCAUGCUCUAGCCUGGAGAUGGUCUCCAAUGAAAUCUACUCUGGCACUUUACCUGGCACUCCACCCACCUUCUGGAGCCGCUCUUUACCCAGACCCCCUCCACGUCAAGAAUUCAAUGCAUCUACUGAAAGUAAUAGUACUUUAAAUCACACCUCUUUGGAACCACCUAAACAUACAUUUGCUCCUGCUACAUACCAAGAUGACCUGAUCAGCCCAUACUGUGAAACUGUUUUUCAUACCCAGAGCCAGUAUCAACAUCCUGAGGAUGAAAAAUCUCCAAAAGCUGGUAAUAGGACUCGAAUUAAAGAUGAUAAGCCAGGAGAGGAUAAUGGGCAUCACAGUCAGUCCAGUCUGCCACGUCAGUCUCGUACAAGUCCCGGUAACUCCCCAGGCUAUAGCACAGUAGGAGAACCCUCAUCUACCUUGCGCUCCUUUUCUCAGUCUCCACAUGGCCUCUACCACAGUGAACCGGAAGAGGACCAAACCAUCUCCCCAUAUGCAAGCUACACCUCACUGUCUGAGCGGGCAGUGCCCAUCCUUAGUGGCUGGCUGGACAAGCUUUCUCCCCAAGGGAAUUAUGUGUUCCAGAAGCGCUAUGUAAUAUUUGAUGGGAAAAACCUGAUGUAUAAGGGGAGUGAAAAGGACCCAUACCCAAAAGGUGUGAUCCCUCUGGGUGCAAUACAAAUGGCUCGAACAGCCAAAGACAACAAGUUUGAAAUCGUGACGAACCACAGGACAUUUGUCUUCCGGGCUGACAGUGAAGUGCAGAGAAACCGAUGGUGUAUGGUACUGCAGGAAUGGGUGAAGGAGCAGUUGGUGUUUGGACGGCCACGUUUCGGCCCGGGCAAUCACUGUCAAAAAAGUGGCUUUCUAGAACUCAAAGGGAUCAAGUCGAAGAUCUAUGCUGCCAUUAUCACCGAGCAGAUCUGGCUGUACAAGAGUGAGCAGUGUUUCAAGAAUGGUAUUGGAAUCAGUGUCAUCGAAGCCAGAGGGGCUACAAUCCGGGAUGGCAAGAACAAAAGUUUUGACCUCAUAACCCCUUAUAAGAGCUUCAGCUUUACGGCCGAGUCAGAACGGGAGAAACGUGAGUGGAUGGAAGCUCUACAGGAGUCUAUUGCAGAGACACUCUCAGACUACGAAGUGGCUGAAAAAAUCUGGUCUAAUCGCUCCAACAAGGUCUGCGCAGACUGCAAAGCCAUCAAUCCCGACUGGGCCUCCAUCAACCUCUGCGUGGUCAUCUGCAAGAACUGCGCAGGCCAGCACCGGAGUCUGGGCACAAUGGUGUCCAAAGUACAGAGUCUGAAACUGGACACCAGCGUCUGGAGCAAUGAGAUCGUACAGCUUUUUAUAAUGCUGGGUAAUGACAAAGCAAAUGAGUUCUGGGCAGCCAGGCUUUCUCAGGCUGAUGAACUGGACUGUGAUGCUUCUCCUGAACAGAGGAGAGAAUUCAUUAUUCAGAAAUACAAAGAAGGGCUCUUCCGCCAACCUCACCCCAGCUUUAGCAGCCAAGAAGAGUUACUUAAGGUUUUGUGUACGGCUGUGACCGAACAGAACCUCCUGAAGACAGUCACUCAGAUAUUUGCUGAAGCGGAGGCAGCUCGACUUUCUGACUCUAAUGGACAUGAAAAGCACCUGUCUCUGCAUUACUACACUCAGGCCUCAGAUCCCAGCGUGUAUGAUGAGAUCAUGCAGGCAGUCCUGUAUUCCGGCUACCUCUACAAGUCCAGCACCAUAAGCAAAGGCACUUUAUCCCGCAGGACCAGAGAAGAUUUUCAGAAAUACUGGUGCUCAGUGGAGAAGUCGCUUUUAUUUUAUGAGUCUGACAGGUGCCAUGAGCCCAACAUGAAGAUUGAUCUUAAAGACAUCAUCUGUUUAGGAGUGAACAGACCAGACACAUGCACCAACAACAAUGGUUUCAUUGACAGGUUUCGGUACACGUUUGAACUGUACUUAACAUCUGAAAAGCUUGUCCAGUUUGGACUUGAGACUCCGGCUGCACUGCAUAGUUGGGCGAAAGCUAUCGGAAAGGCCACCACUCCUCUGAGCUGCCACUGCUUACUGGCUCGAGAGUUUGAGCGUGUGGGCAUGCUGCGCUAUAAGGCGAUGCUGGACCCACAGCAGUGGAAAGAGGGCUUCUUUGUACUACAGAAGUCAAACCUGUUUAUCUGUCCUGGAAAUGACGGUGCUGCAGAAGAUAUUAUCAAUCUGAAACACCUGCAGGAGCUCAGUAUCGCAUCAGAAAUGGACAACCAUGAAAAAAAGGACAUUUUGGUCCUAGUGGAGAAAGGAAGGACUCUGCACUUGCAGGGUAUGGGCCGGAUGGAUUUCUCCCUCUGGUACACGGACAUCCAGAAGGCAGCAGGAGGGAAAGCCAAUACGCUAAAGGACCAGCAGCUCAGCAGAAAUGAUAUACCCAUCAUUGUGGACAGCUGUAUCGCCUUCAUCACCCAGUAUGGUCUGGGUCAUGAAGGAAUCUACAGGAAAAAUGGAGCCAAGUCCAGAAUCAAGCUUCUGAUGGACGAGUUUAGGAAAGAUGCCCGGAAUGUGAAACUGCGCAUUGGGGACAACUUCAUAGAGGACGUGACUGAUGUCCUAAAGAGAUUCUUCCGGGAGAUUGAUGACCCCAUAUUCAUGGCAGAUCUGCAUCCUUACUGGAAGGAGGCUGCCAAGAUCUCUAUUAAGACACAGAGAUUGGAUAGAUAUAAAGAGCUCAUUCGGGGUUUGCCUCGUGUCAACCGCACCACUUUAGCAGCUCUCAUCAGUCACCUGUACAGGGUACAGAAGUGUGCAGAUUUGAACCAGAUGUGCACAAAAAACCUGUCCUUGCUGUUUGCCCCAAGCCUGUUUCAGACAGACGGGAAAGGAGAGCAUGAAGUGAAGAUCAUAGAGGAUCUUAUUGAUAACUACCUUUACGUCUUUGAUAUUGAUGAGGAGCACAAAACUCAAAUUGAACUGGAGAUCAGUCUCAUCACAACCUGGAAGGACACACAGCUGUCCCAGGCAGGAGACCUGAUUAUUGAGGUCUAUCUGGAGGAAAAAACACCAGACUGCUGUAUCACUUUAAAAGUCUCACCCACAAUGUGUGCUGAGGAGCUGACUAACCAGGUGCUUUACAUGAGGAAUGUCCCUGCAGGCGAGAAGGAUAUCUGGAUGACCUUUGAAGCCAUUGAAGAUGGAGAGUUAGAGAGACCUCUUCAUCCGAAAGAGAAGGUUCUGGAACAGGCACUACAGUGGUGCAAGUUGGCUGAUCCUAGUUCUGCAUACCUGUUGGUAAAGAAGGUUCCCAGAGGAGAGGUGAUUGACAUCUUUACAGCUUACAAGAGUGAGAUUGUAAAGGUUGGAGUUCUGAAGUGCCGUGAGGAACCACCCAAACUUUUGCAAGGGACCAAAUUCCAGGAGCGAGUGUUCCAAAUCCGAGAUCACAAGUUAAUACUAAUGAAGGAUAAAAAAAGCAACAAACCUGAAAAGGAGUGGCUGCUAAAAACUAUGAAGAUUUUUAUUGGGAUAAGAAAGAAGUUAAAGGCACCCACGAGGUGGGGUUUUACUGUGAUGAUUGACAAACAUCAGAUGUAUCUUAGUUGUUCCAGUGAAACAGAGCUGUGGGAUUGGAUGACCAGUCUGCUAAAAGCACAGAACGAUGACUUGAGGCCUCCUGUGAUGAGGCGCCACUCCUCCUCCGACAUUGUCAAGCAGAAGUUUGGCACCAUGCCCUUAGUGCCUAUCCGAGGGGAAGACAGCAACACCAACUCCACCAUGCUUUCUGCUAAUCAGACACUGAGGAAGCUUCAUGAUCGGAGGACGCUUUCAAUGUACUUUCCCAUGAAGGUUCAGCAGGACUCGGUAGAGGAACAGGAUGAGAGCCCCGAGCCACUCUAUGAGGAGGUGGGUGAUUUCGGCCUGCAGGUCCUAAAGUCGCUGGAAAGCAGUUUUCUGUCUGGAGAUCGCCCCGAGAGCCUGCCGGUGCCUCCCCGUUCGAGGAGCCUGGGCCUGAGUAAGAGCAGAUCACUGGAGUGCACCGUCAUCCCAGAACUGCCCAGUCCUCACGGUGGGGAUGAAUCUCCAGAGAUGCUAGCGCAGGAGGAGAAACCUGGUGUCUCUUGGGAACGCAAAUCCGGCAGUUCAUCACAGGAGCUGCUGUUGCAUGAACUCUCUACACUUUUUAAGAAACCUGAAGAAGAGGAGCAUGAAGCUUCUGAAAGCUUCUGAGCAUCCUGUAUCAGAAUCUGCUAUUGUUUCCUGCUGUCUGAAUGUACAGUCGUGUUAAAGAGCAUUUUUUAUGAGGAUUUUUAACACAGCAGUUUGUUUUAUAUUGUAUUUUUUUAAUGAAGUUUUUUUUAAAUAGUUGCCAGUAUUAUAAGAUUAGACAUUUUGCUUAAGGAAAUACAAAAGGCUAGUACCAAAGCACUAACUAUUUUUAAUAUGUAAGGUCUGUGUAUAACUGGAAUAUACAGUAGAACUGUACUGUAUGAGUUUUAGGCACGUUGUUCCAGUUUGUAAUAUAAAAUCAAAUGUAUCAAAUUUGUUGGACCAAACCGAACAGGAAUAUCAUUUUGCUUAUAUGCUUAAGCUUUAAAACUAAGUGUAUUAUUAUUGUGGUUAAAUAUAGGCCUGCUAAAUUCAUCGUGCAAAAAUGACUACUAUUUUUAUAUUGCUGAAUUUCAUUUCUUUUUUUUCUUUUUUUACCUCAUUUCUACACCCAUUGGCCUUUACAUCAGGCACACCAGCCACAUACAUUUAAUACGGGGAAACAACCCUUGUUUUUGUGAUUGAAUUCCAGUCCAUAUAUCAUCCCAAAUAAACUAAAUGUCUUUUGGCAUUGAGCUUGAAAGAAAAGUAUGUAUUGAUAAGUAUAACCAAAUAUGUGUUUAAAAUAAAUAAGGGAAAAGCUAAUUACACACCACAAAUACUGGUAAUACUUUGGUGAAAACCUGUUGUUGGCAGUUACAGCUUUAAGACAUCUACAGUGAGUAAUAUCAGCCUUUUUGCAUAUUAUUCUUUUUAUCCAUUUCUGUUGACAAACUGUCUUUAGUUUUCCAAGGAUAUGACCGCCCCUCUUUCUAACUGUUGUUCCUGCCAGUUUGAAGUCAUCCUGCAACUCUUUUCGAAUGUCUGCUCGCUUAUCUUUUGUUAGUCUGAAAGCAUGUUGUGAAAGUUGAUUUAGGGUUCUGUUAACUUUCCACCUGCAGUGAUGUUAAAUCUGUUUUUGGCUCUCUAGCUUUUUCCAUUCACGUGUACUUUAAUCAUUUUGCUAUUUAAAACUGUUGUGUAAAAUCUUUGUAUAGUGACUGAAGACGAUUCCCUGUCAACUUUGCCUUAACAUAUGUUUGUUUAUGCUUAUAAAUACCCUCUUUUUUGCUUAUAUUUAAUACAUUGUGUGUACAUUUAAAGUGGAAUUAUGCACUGGAAGUAUAUUAAAUA